CUCCCCAGGAGUCAAAAGGCCAACCUGGCUAUACUACUCUACUCUCCCCCAACCGAACCGAACCAAACCAAACAAGUCCCUUGAUUGAUGUGGAUGACAACAACAACCACUCCUACAAUUCCCGCCCCAGCCAACAAUGUAUUGUAACUCGUCGGCCACGCGCACACGCACGCACAGCGCAUGGGGAAGACGUCGUGGAGCGCAUUGUUCGGCCUCGGCUGCUUCAGCUCCCAACGCGACCACGCCAGCGACGACUCCCGACCGCCCAGGCCGGCGCCGCUGCCUAAGGAUGACGGCCUUAAAGCAGGCAGCGGCGUGACGCCGUCGCCGGAGGACCUGUCGGCGUCGCUUGCGGGCUGCGGGGUGGAGCCGUUUACGGUGGACGAGCUCCGGACGGCGACGCGGGAUUUCUCGAACAGCAACUACGUCGGCGAGGGCGGGUUCGGGCCGGUGUACAAGGGUUAUGUCAACGAGCGGCUCAAGCCCGGCGUGGGCGCCCAGGCAGUCGCCGUCAAGCUGCUCGACCUCGAGGGCUCGCAAGGACACAAAGAAUGGCUGAUGCAGGCUGAAAUCGUUCUUCUCGGACAACUGAGGCAUCCACACCUGGUCAAGCUGAUCGGCUACUGCUGCGAGGAUGAGCACAGGCUCCUCGUUUAUGAGUUCAUGGCGAGAGGUAGCCUGGAGAAGCAUCUCUACAAGAGUAUGCCAAAUUCUACAGCCUCCUGUUUUUUUUCUGGGUACACAACAUCAUUGCCGUGGUCAACGCGGCUGAAGAUAGCAAUUGGAGCUGCCAAAGGUUUGGCCUUCCUCCAUGACGCUACCAAGCCCAUCAUCUAUCGUGACUUCAAGACCUCCAACAUACUACUCGACUCGAAUUACAAAGCGAAGCUUUCUGAUUUUGGGCUAGCCAAGAAUGGGCCAGACGGAGACGAGACACACGUCUCCACUCGAGUUAUGGGCACACAGGGCUACGCUGCACCGGAGUAUAUCAUGACUGGUCAUCUAACAACGAAGAGCGAUGUAUAUAGUUUUGGUGUGGUGCUGCUGGAGCUUUUGACGGGGCGAAAGGUGGUGGACAAGAACCGGCCGCCCCGGGAACAGAGCCUCAUCGAGUGGGCGCGGCCAUACUGCCUCCAUGACUCAUCCCGUCGGCUAGACCGUGCCAUAGACCGAAGCCUAGAUGGGCAGUACUCGGCUCUCGCCGCCCAAAAGGCUGCCGCCGUGGCAUAUCGAUGCCUGAGCGUCAGCCCAAAGUCUCGACCCCGGAUGUCAGCCGUCGUGGAGGCCCUGGAGCCAUUGCUUGCUAUGGACGAUGGCGUCGUAGAACCGUUCGUGUACACCGCACCGCAAGAGAACAAAUGACUACAGCUGAUGCCGUGUAACAGCUCGCAUGGCAUGCUCUACAAAAAAACAAUAUUUGAAAUAAGCCAUAUAUGUGAACAAAAGGAAUUAUAGUGCUAUUUUUUUGCAAGAAAUAGAUAUACUAUUGGAUGAAUUUGUAUAUAAUCAAAUAGGU